AUGAUGUACGAGGAGGAGAAACAGGAUAAAUUGGAUUCUUUGAAGCUUUAUGAGGAGAAACUAAACAACGAGCAAAUGUAUCACAAAGAGGUAUCAUCAGAUCUGAAGACCCGCGUGGCGAGCCUAGAGCAGCAGGUGCAGACGCAGCGAGCUCGGUACGCGGCGCUGCUGUACGAGACGGACAGCUACCUGCGCGCCAGGAACGAACGCGAGCGGAAGGUCAGCGCUGACGAACACCACUACAAGGAUGGGAUGCUCACGGACGUGACGGCACCGCCGCAUAUGUUACACUAUGCGCACGAGUUGGCUCGGAAGGACCUCGACAUAUCGCAGCUGAGGAAGGAGAAACAUAUCUUGGAGGGACAGUUCAGGGAUUGUCAGCGUGAAGCUACAAUAGAGAAAGAACGUUUCAAAGAAGUUAUAAGAACAUUGAAAGAAGAAAUCGACAGGUAA